AAAACUUUCCUCACCACAUUAUGUAUCUGGUGGAUGGUUUAUGGAUGUACAACAGUACUUGGUCAAUCAACAGAAUCAGGUCAAACGACAUCCUAUACCACAAGAACAGUUACAGCUACAGAAACUGAGGCUUCUACAGCAACAGAUGUGCAAUCAAACGGAAAAACUCAAGAUUUAACUUCAACACUACUUUCUAAAAUCACAACAAAUAAGGAUCCAACAGACACAUCAACAGCACAAUCAAAAAUUUUUUAUACAAGUACAACCAUAAUGGAAACAACAACAACUUUGGAUAAGACUACCACGCCGGAAGCAUCCUCAACUACAGCACCAUGGUUGACGACUGAUACAGCAACCACAACUCUACCUGAAACCACAACAACUACUGAUGCAACAACAUCUAUGGCUACCACAACCACCUUUCCAACAUCCUCAACUGUGGCACCAACAUCAACAACAUCUGAUGCAACAACCACAAGUAUGCCUGACACCACAACUACUGAUGCAACAACACAUUUGGCUACCACAACCUCCUUUCAAAAAUCCUCAACUGUGGCACCAACUUCAACAACAUCUGAUGCAGCAACCACAGCUAAGCCAGACACCACAAGAAGUAUUGAUGCAACAACAACUUUAGCUACCACAACCACCCUUUCAUCAUCUUCAACUUUGGUACCAGUGUCAACAACAACUGAUGCAACAACCACAACUCUGCCUGACAAUACAACAACAAAUGACGCAACAAAUUUGUCUUCCACAAUCAUUCCUGCAACAUCCUCAACUGUAACAUCAGUGUCAAUAACUGAUGCAACAACCAAAACUAUACCUGACACCACAACUAUCGAUGCAACGACUUUGGCUUCCACAACCAACCCUCCAACAUCUUUGACCAUAGCACCAACGUCAACCACAUCUGAUGCAUCAACCACAGCUAUGCAAGACACUCCAACAAGUGUUGAUGCAACAACAACAUUAGCCACCACAACCACCCGUUCAAUAUCUUCAACUGUGGCACCAAUGUCAACAACAACUGAUGCAUCAACCACAGCUUUGUCUGACAGCACAACCACUGAUGCAACCACAACUUUGGUUUCCACAGCCACCCCUCUAACAUCUUCAACGUUGGCUUUCACAACCACUGCUCCAACAUUCUCAACUAUAGCACCUGCAUCAACAACUGAUUCAGCAACCACAACUGUGCCUGAAACCACAACAACUACGGAUGCAACAACAAGUUUGGCAUCCACAACCAACCCCUCAAACAUCUUUGACUGUAGCACCAACGUCAACAACAUCUGA